GAAACCUUGUAUUAGCCCAUAAUGUAAGGCAGCUGAAGGGCUGAAGAACAGCCCCCCUUGUCUAUAAUAUGAUGAACAGAGGUCUCAAAGAUGAGGAUUGGCUGGCAGAAAGAUGAGGUUUGGUGCUUUAGCACCAGGAGACAAGAUAAUCCCACGCACCUUGUAUACAGAUGGCCAAAUAGUCAAGUGGAAAUCCUUGCAGUUCAACCUGUUCUCCAGCUUGUUUCAGUCAGUGGAAGUUAGGCAAAUUGAUUCUCUCUCUACCAUUCAUCUACAGCCACCUUUGUCAGAAAGAUGCCACUUUGAAAUUAUGCCAUCAUUUGAAAGCAUAGAGGAAGAAAUUAUGAAAUGGUUGAUAAUAUUUUAAAUGAGUUACCAGUAGCAUAUUCACCAGUUGUUAAGAGUUUUAAGAAGGAAACCAGUUAUUUGAGAAGAUGCUCCACAUGUGUUACCAUUCUGGUUACUACUACCAGAAUUAUAUAUAUAUAUAAAAUUAUAUAUAUAAUAAUUAUAUUUUUUUUGUAAACAAACAAACCCACAAGGUUUAAGUUGGAGAAUUAACUGGGAAGACUUGCUUAAGAACAGACUCUAGGGCUGAGUCCUGUGACAGCAAGUUCCUGAUGUAACAAGCGAGUGGGUGGAAUGGGACGGUUGCCUGGCAGAGACUAUGACCUCUCCUGCCUUCACUGUGAUGCCGUGGAGCCACUGCCAGGUCUUGCCACCUUGCACCAGACUGCUUGUAUAACAACAGCACAACAAUCAGUAACCAAAGCUGCUGCUACCAAUCAAGAAAGGAAGUGCACAGGAAAAACCAUGCGCGAGUGCAUCUUAAUUCACGUUGGCCAAGCUGGAGUUCAAAUUGGCAAUGCAUGUUGGGAACUCUUCUGUCUGGAGCAUGGCAUUCAGCCAGAUGGCACCUUCAUCGACCAACCUAGCGAUGAUGACUCUUUUGCCACAUUCUUUGGAGAGAGAAGCUCUGAAAGAUAUGUACCCCGGGCUAUUAUGGUGGACUUCGACCAAACUGUCAUAGGUGAAGUACAGACUGGCACCUACCGGGAGCUUUUCCAUCCAGAACAGCUGAUCACUGGAAAGGAAGAUGCAGCAAAUAAUUAUGCACGUGGCCACUACUCUGUUGGCAAAGAAAAAAUUGACAUGGCAUUAGAUCGUGUCCGUAAGCUGACUGAUGACUGCUCUGGGCUGCAAGGAUUCCUGAUCUUCCACAGCUUUGGUGGAGGCACCGGCUCUGGCUUUACCUCCUUACUGAUGGAACACCUCUCCAUUGAAUAUGGAAAGAAGUCCAAACUGGAGUUUGCCAUCUACCCAGCCCCUCAGGUCUCCACUGCUGUGGUGGAGCCCUACAACUCCAUCCUCACCACACACACCACUCUGGAGCACUCGGACUGUGCCUUCAUGGUGGAUAACGAGGCCAUCUACGACAUCUGCCGCCGAAACCUGGACAUCGAGCGCCCCACCUACACUAACCUCAACCGCCUCAUCAGCCAGAUCGUCUCCUCCAUCACCGCCUCGCUGCGCUUCGACGGGGCCCUCAACGUGGAUCUGACAGAGUUCCAGACAAAUCUGGUGCCCUACCCACGCAUCCACUUCCCCUUAAUAACAUAUGCCCCCUUUAUCCCCUCUGACAAAAUGUAUCAUGAGCAGCUCUCGGUAGCUGAAAUCACCAACGCCUGCUUUGAGCCCAACAACCAGAUGGUGAAGUGUGACCCAAGACACGGGAAGUACAUGGCCUGCUGCAUGCUCUACCGUGGGGACGUUGUUCCCAAGGACGUCAAUGUAGCAAUUGCUGCCAUCAAGACCAAGAGAACUAUCCAGUUUGUUGACUGGUGCCCAACAGGCUUCAAGGUUGGGAUCAACUACCAGCCUCCCACAGUAGUUCCUGGUGGAGACCUGGCCAGAGUUCAGCGAGCAGUCUGCAUGCUGAGCAACACCACGGCCAUUGCAGAGGCUUGGGCAAGGCUCGACCACAAGUUUGAUCUGAUGUAUGCCAAGAGAGCUUUUGUGCACUGGUAUGUGGGUGAAGGCAUGGAGGAGGGAGAGUUCGCAGAGGCCCGAGAGGACCUGGCUGCCCUGGAGAAAGACUAUGAAGAAGUGAAAUAUGACUCAUUUGAAGAAGAAAAUCAAGUAGAAUCUUAAAAUGAAGGAAUCUUAAAAUUCACUCUCCCAUUUCCUGGACAUAAGAAUGUCUCUGUGUGUCUUUUUUUCAUGUGCCUGCAUUUCCACUUGGCUCUUGCAUACCUAGUCCAUUACCAUUUUAGUAGAUUAUAGACAGGAUGAAUUCUCCACUAUGAGAUCCCAGGACAUUAAAUUCAUCGUACAUGAAUUGUACAUUGAUUAAUCAUUAGUCAAUAUGCCUCAGAGUAUGAC